AGCAGACACAUGGCAUGAUCAGUGAUGGCCCCAAACCACCGACUUACCUGUUAAAAAUCUCCAUCUGCAUCCAAUUCAAUUUAUUCCUAUUUCCAGAACUCUCUUUAGAACUAUUUCCUUGGCUCUCUCUCCCUCCCCCUCCCCUUCUCUCUGACUCGUAUCAAACAUCAAGCUACUCGUCUCCCAAAAUAGCUAAGAUGGUGUUGCAGUUGUUCUUUACACUGGCUUUCUCCGCUGUUCCUCUAACUCUAUAUGUUCCUCCUAUUAGAAGCUUAAACUUCUUUGUAGAGACCAUGGAAGAUCUACUGAGGGAGUCAAGAAUAUAUACCAACAGGAUUUAUCCAAGGGCACGUGUUGUUUGGUCUAGGCUCUUGGAUUGUGUGCUUUGCAGCAAUAUGAGGUUGUUAUAAUUUUGUGAAAAGUUGUGUUUCUUCGGCUGCUGCUGUGGCUCUUUCGUUGCGGGAUCAUGUUGUAAAAUCAUAAAAUUUCUGUUUGUGAAUGUGAGUACUACUACUACUACUUCAACGCAGUACGAGGAGGAUAAAGAUGCUAUUUUCUUGUCUGUUCUUUUUUUUUGUUUUGUUUGCUUUUCUUCUUUCCUUCAACAUUGAUCUUUUGGCAUUUAUGGGAUACAAGAAAUUGGAAUGUAGUAGGUAUAUGUUAGAUGAUC